UCGUUCGACUCUCUCAUCCAAGUCGCCAAACCGAAAGGAAGCCAUCGCGCACUUUGGAGGAGCGUUUUUUUGUGCGGCGUUUGCAGAACGAGGCGAUCCGCGCGUCGAAAGUCGAAAAAUAAACCCCCGGAACGCGGACAAAGUCGGUCGGCCACAGGCAAGUGCUUCCGGUCUGAAGCGGAGGUAAGCGCGGAUUUAGAACGACAAACCAGAACCAGACAGCGGCGGCGGCAAAGCUUGCUUGGAUUGAGGCGCAUCUUCUGACAAAUUAAUUUGACGAUUGCUAACGAUGGGUAAGGCAAAGGACAGCAAGGCCUCCGACAGCGAUUCCAGCGAGGAGGAGUAUGUUGUGGAGAAGAUUGUGGAUCGGCGGGAGCGCAAGGGCAAGAUCGAGUAUCUGCUCAAGUGGAAGGGUUACGACUCGUCGGCCAAUACGUGGGAACCGAAGGAGAACCUCGAGUGUCCUGAGCUGAUUAAAGCGUUCGAGGACACGAGAGUCGUUCCCAAGAAGGAGGGUUCGAAGGACAAAGACAAGAAGGAGGAAAAGAAGAAGCCCAAACCGUCCAGCACGACCGGAAGUGGCAGCUCGAAGCGAAAGGACUCGGACGCUGAUAACGAUGGUUCGGACGACGACGACAAAGAUGACAACGCUUCCAUAAAAUCGAGCAAGUCCAAAUCGACGACUGCGGCCGCCGACAACGAUGCCACCGCCAGUGACGACGGAAUGAACGGCUUCGAGAAGGGCUACACCCCGGAGAAGAUCCUCGGUGCCACCGAAGCCAACAACGAGCUGCUGUUCCUGAUCCAGUGGAAGGACAAGGACAAGGCCCAGCUCGUCUCUUCGAAGGAGGCCCGUAAACACUGUCCCCAGCUUGUCAUAGACUUCUACGAGGAGCGUUUGAUCUGGCAGUCGCCGGACGCGACGGAGUAAAUUUGCCCUCCGGCGAAGCGCAUUUAAAACUCCUCCCUACUUCUCCCACAAAACUCUGCCCUCGCGGAGGAACAUAACUUUAGGUUCGUUUUUAAGUACGCCAACAACAAUGAUUAACAAUAUAUAAAUGUCAAAUGUAAGGUUUUUUUAACGUAACCAACCAGCUCAUCCUUUGACUACAAACACAAACACACACAAUAUUGAAUUACCUUUGACAUAGGCGCAGCAAAACUUGGGCGUUUGACUCCAUCUUAAGUUGUAUAUGUGCACGAUCGAUAGGGCGCAGGUUAAGAAAAAGCAAAACUGGUGGACAAAAUUAUUUUCCCAACCUUUGGAUCGAAACAUGUCUUGGAAAUACAUACAUUAACAAACACAAACAAGCAACAGAAAAUAUUUUUCGCGGAAACAAAAAGAACGAUUUUGGUAAAUAUAGGAUUAGUAAGAUCAAUAA